AUGCUAAACAUUGUAGCAAUACAUGCCCUCAGAAAGACACUUUCGCUACCAACAACGUUAAAAACGUUGCUUCUGAGCCUCGCUGUUUCUGAUCUUGGUGUAGGAUUGCUUGUCCAACCUUGGCGCAUAGCAGGUUUGGCAAUGGGGCUACUUCAACACGACGGACGACCAAACUUUACCGUGUAUAUCGCUUAUAAAAUAACGAUGAAUGUAUUUUAUUAUGCCUCAUUCCUUGGUGUCAUGGUUCUAGCAGUAGAGAGAUUCUUGGCCAUUCAUCUUCAUCUCCGAUACCAGAGACUUGUGACUCACAAGCGUGUUGUUACCAUAGUGAUCUCACUUUGGGUGAUAAGUGUGUUCCUUUCGUUGUUUAUGUUA